AUGCCCGGACCUCAAGCCAGAAGUUCCCGGAAGGGUCUAAAAAUCUGCUGCGGAGUCACCUUCAUUCUCGUGAUCGUCUUCAUAACCGUUUCAAUAACCUUGUUUUUCACCGUGUUCAAGCCAAAACAACCCAAAAUCCUCACCUACCCUGCAACACUUGAGAAUGUUCAAUUUCAAGUAUACCCUUUUAGUCUAAAUGCAACAUUAGGCUUGACUCUAACCAUUGUAAACCGUAACUAUGGAAACUUCAAGUACAAGAGCACAACAACUUAUGUCAAUUACCACGGUAUCAACAUAGCAGAAGUACCCAUGGAGCCCGAAACAGUCCCUGCACGCGGCAAACUCAACAUUACCACCUAUGCAAAUGUUACCGGGGAUAAGUUGAUCAUGAGCCCCGAUUUUUGGAAAGAUAUUGGGGCCGGGAGUCUCAACUUUACAUCAACAUCUGCAAUGCAUGGUAAGGUGGGUAUGCUGAAGAUUUUCAAGCUGACUGCAACAGUUUUUUGUUACUGCGACAUCUCUGUCAUUAUUAAAACUCGAGAUCUGAACCGGUUGAAGACAGACUAUGCAUACGCUAACCAAGCUGCGUUACGAGCUGCCUGA